AUGGAGGAAGGUGGGGCCCGUUCUCCGCUUUCCAUUGACUUUAUUUUUCUGUUUCCAAACCACCGUCUGGUGAUGCUGCGUGCCUUGCAGAAGCUGAACCAGAGGCGUGACAUCUCCUCCUGGCUGGCCAAGUGGUUCCCCAAAACCCCAGCCAAGCCUGUGGUGGCCCAGAAAACACCCAUCAAGGUGGAACUGGUGGCAGGGAAAACCUACAGAUGGUGUGUGUGUGGCCGAAGCAAGAAGCAGCCCUUCUGUGACGGUUCCCACUUCUUCAAACACACUGGCCUUUCCCCACUCAAGUUCAAAGCCCAGGAGACCCGAACAAUGGCCCUAUGUACCUGCAAGGCCACUCAGAAGCCUCCGUACUGCGAUGGUACCCACAGGAGUGAGAGGGUGCAGCAGGCAGAAGUGGGCUCCCCACUCUAAGCAGGUGGCUGCUGCCCAGCCCCAAACCUCUCUGACAUGCACCCUCUUUGUGAAGAAGGAAAGUGAGUGCCAAGCACAAGAAGGCACCAUCCAGGGACCCCAGUACCCACAGCUGGCUUGCUUCCCAUAACCUGAGGUCUCCAAUCUGGGAACAGGUCCCUGGUUUAACAGCUGCUGGUAGAGGAGGUGGCAUUAAACAAGUCUGCCUGUCCAGAAUGGUA